UCGUCUCGUUCCAGCUUACCUGGCGGUGGUCAGUGCUUAAUAGACUUCAUAUUAAAGUUUCUCGCCGCCAAGACGCGCGCAGACCAGGUGAACGCCGAACCGACUAUUCCACUAAUUAUUUCUUUUAUCUAAUAGUGUGAGUCAGUAAUUGGACUGUUGCGCUUGCUGAGCCUCUUCAAAAUUUACAACUUUUUGGAACAUCUUCGCCGAAGAGCAUAAUCACUUGUGGCCUCUUCCGCUGUCCUAAACGUUGGGUAAACAAACAAUCUUCGUCCGAUUUGUGUAAUUUGUGUAACGCGUUCGGAGUAAAUGUAGAUUUGGUUUGAAAGUGAACGCGCGAAGUGGAAGAAAGUGUUUUCAUGGCGCUUUAAUGACAUGUCCCCUCGUUUAAUGCGGCAUUAACGCAAGCAAGAAAACAAGAAAAUCAGCAAAAUAAAUUGUCUGAUAAUAAAAAAAGUCAACGGCGAAGCUGCAACGUGUUGCAGACAACAAGUGUCCGAGAUAGUGUGUAGCGUUGGUGUGUGAUACUUUCUCUAUUGAAAAGCUGAAGAUGCAAUUAGCCUUCUUGCAGAUAUGAUUUUUGAUGAUAGCAGCUCAAUCUCGUAGUUUCUUUGGAAGUUCCGCGGCCGACGAUGCAGUUUCCAUGAGUAGUUUUUUUGCUCGGUGGUGAAAAUAGGAUAUCCAAACAGAAGAUUGUUUACACUUUGUGCAGUGAAGAGUGGUGAGGUUCUCCAGCCCAGCUUUGAUGGUAAUUCAAUGACAAAUUACCAAUACGCCGCAAAAGUAAUAAGUGUAAGAAAACGAGGAUGAACGCCGUCACCAGUUUCUUGCAAAUUUUGUAUUUUCUCAUCAUCGUGAGCCUGAGCGAGGCUGGACCACUCGAUGUUGCCUUGAGUUGGGCAAGAGCAGAUAAAAUUCCAAUUGACGUUAACCUGCCUUGGUUGCCUUUUGAAAACGAGACAAGAUGCUAUGGAGAAAUUGGUUGCCUAAAUAUAACCCGCGAGUGGUACCACCUGAUAUACAGACCCUUCAACGUAUUCCCAUUGCCUCGUAGUGUUAUCAAUACCCGGUUCAUAUUGUAUACCGAAGAAAAUCCCACAGACGGGCAACUGCUGGUAGCUGAUGAAGGGGAUAGCAUCGCCAAGUCCAACUUCAAUCCAGAAUGGGAAACGAAGUUCAUCAUUCACGGUUUCAUCGAUACGCCAUUAUCAAACUGGGUUUCGGAGAUGCGAGAUGAAUUGAUUGCACGCGGAAAACUCAAUGUCAUUGUGGUGGACUGGGCUGGUGGAUCACUACCGCUCUACACUCAGGCUACAGCAAACACUCGUCUGGUGGCACUCGAAAUGGCUCACUUGAUACGAACACUGCAAACGAAAUUCAAUGUACAACCCCAGGACAUUCAUCUUAUCGGCCACUCACUUGGAGCGCACACUGCAGGCUAUGUGGGUCAACAAAUACAAGGCAUAGGAAGAAUUACUGGACUAGAUCCUGCCGAACCAUACUUCCAAGGAAUGGGUCCUACCGUUCGUCUCGAUCCCUCUGAUGCCGAAUUUGUAGAUGUAAUUCAUACAGAUGGAAGGAGUUUCUUUCUGCUCGAAAUGCCAGGCUACGGAAUGUCUCAACCAUGCGGGCAUAUCGACUUCUAUCCAAACAACGGAAAAGAACAACCCGGUUGUGCUCUAUCCCAAGAAGGUGGCACUUUGAUUCCUCUGACUCUCAUCAAGGACGGCAUUGAAGAAGCUUCCAGAGUUUUAUUGGCUUGCAAUCAUGUGAGAGCUAUAAAACUUUUUAUUGAUAGUAUCAACGGGAAGUGUCCUUAUAUAGCUCAUCGUUGCCCGUCGUAUCAGCACUUCUUAGCUGGUCGCUGCUUCAAAUGUACCGCAGGCAAUUGUGCUCAAAUGGGGUAUCAUGCAACAAUGCCGAUUAUGCUCCAGCUUAAUUCAUCAGAGAAUGAAAUAUUGCCCGAAACAAGGAUAAUGGCCCCGCAACCUGGAAAAUAUUUCCUGGCUACUGGGAAGGAGUAUCCCUUCUGUCAGCGACAUUACCGCUUCACAGUGGAAUUGGCAAGACCACGUUCAGCUGAGACAUGGGUUCAAGGAUUUUUAACGGCUGCAAUUUACUCCGAGCGAGGGGCCCUUCGAGGAAUUGACCUGACACCCCGGGGUACAACACGUCUGGAGCAUGGAACUAAAUAUCAAGUGGUCGUCACUAAUCCACACGAUUUGGGGGAUAAAAUCAGAAAAGUGGAGUUGAAUUGGUCCCAUGACAUGAAUGUUCUGGAGCCUCGGACUCUCUGCCUGUUCUGGUGCAACGAUCAUUUGUACGUAAGAUCGGUUACAGUGGAAAUGAUGCAGAUGCCAUCCCGAGAGAAGAGAAAUGCUAAUACAUCCAACAGACUAUGCUCGCCGAAGCGAGAGUACGCCGAUAUCUCCAACCGCGGGUCGUCCGUCUUCUACGACAACUGCAAAAGAUAGUACGAACUGAAGGUGAUUGCUGUCUACAUAAGAGACUUCUAAUUUUAAAAACGACUACUUUUAUCUAAGUUUUAAGUACAAUUUAAGUAUUAUCUAGUUUUCUAGUGGAAACACUUCAUAUUGGAAUGUUUCGUCCACAUUCAUUACAAGCUCACUUAUAUAUUGUUUCCUUCAGAUAUUCCCCUAAAAUAAUUCAUUUGUCCUUCACAUUUGUCUAUUGCUUCAAACAAUUUAGGAUUAAGAUUUAUUUCAAAAAUAAGUUUUACUUUCAUGCAUUAUCGAGCAGUUUUCAAAUUGAAGGAAUUUUGUGAUAAAUGUCUGUAUAUUUUGACAUCAUAUGCUUAAAUAAAAUACUCUCUAUUUUUUA